AUGACUGUGUUGUGUUUAAAGCGUCGCAUCUCCAUUUUACCGGAGUACGUGAAACAGGUAAUAUAGCUCAAUAUGUGCGUAAGGUAACAAGCUUUACUACGGUAUAUAAACCAAGGUUAAGCUCCGUCACUAAUGGUACUUUUAAAGCCAAAAACUACAAAAUUUUGACCCUUUUUCAACAAAAUUUUCGUGUUUUUCAGCGAUUUUUCAGAGAAAUUGUUCAUUAAGUAUUGAGCCAUUUUUGGCCUUUUUCACGAGGUUCGGAAAAAAGACUGCGUAAAAGUGAGAGACGGGCGAGUCAGAGAAAGAAAAGUGAACGCAAAAAGAGGGUGGAACCCGAAAAAGGAAAUUCUGGAGGAACCCAUUGUGUAAAAUGAAGAGAGUGACAGAGAAAUCUCGAUCAGACAAAAAUUAGAGAGUGAAUAAACAUGAGAGACGGUUUUUUAAAAGUAGACAAUGAUUUGGUUAGACAAAAAGUCGGAGAAGAGAAAAGAGAGUGUGUAAAAGUGGAGCGCGGGUAGAGAGCCGUUUGAUCAAAAGCGGCGGCGAAAGAAAGAGCGCGGGAAAACAAGAGAGGGGUUAGAAAGGGUGAUAAAGAAGGGAAAAUUAACGCGCGAGAAGGAAAGAGGAGAGGGCAGAGAAACCAUGCGGUGAUUUUAAAAAUUGUUAUAACUCGGGAACGAAUUAAUGGAUCAAGCUGAAAUUUUCAGGAAAUGCUUAUAAUUGAUUGGAAAUCAUUUCUAACUUAUAAAAACAACAAAAUUGGACAUAUUUUUUUGUAAUUUUUUAAUUUUUGCAAAUUUAAAUAUCAAAGUCCAAACUAGUUAUAAAAAGUUUAUUAAUAUUACUAUAGAUUAAAAAAAAUAUAAAACCUACUGUAACACUGUUAACAUCACAAUUGUAAAAUUGCUUUUCUAACCGUUUGGAUUCAUUGAUCAUGAAGCAUGAUUGUUAUGGCUUGUCAAUCAAAAUUUUAUCACAACCAUGUUCGUUGAUUUGCAUUUCAAAGAGCUAUUUGACUCAAGCAUAUGGUUUACAAUAUGACAUUGCAUAAUAUUGUCAUAUAAAGAGGGUGAUAAUCGUUUUUUAAAAAAAUUGAUAUUAUUAUAGAUUGUCGUAAACUUUGCAAGAUUUUGGAAGUAUUAUAUGACGAAUUGAAGCUUUGAGUUUAAAAUAUUUACAAAAAUAUUUGAAACUUUUUACUAAAAUAUUACAGUAGUGCUAUUGAUACUGAAUGUUUCACUUUCUAAUUUAAAAUUACUGCUAGUUUAUACAGUAAUAUAAUAUAUUACUUCAUUACAUUGCUACAUUACUGAAGACUUCCAUUACCUUUAAUAACUAAGGUCUAAGUUGAUAUAUUACGUUAUAAAGAAGCUAAAAUACUAUAUACUGUUAGCAAAAAUGUAUUGCUGGUCAACAUUACUGCUAGUUUAUACAGUAAAAUGUGACAAUAUACUACAUGAAAAUAGUAAUCAUUUUGUGCAAAAACGAAGUUUGAACGACCUUGUCAAUGGUUCACCAAUUGACAUAAAUGGAAUUAUUCAGAAUCCCUUGAACCCACAAAAUUACUAUGAUAACCAAAGAGAAACUCCUGGUAAGCUACAAAAAUAUGGCCAAGAGAGUAAUGAACAGAACAGAAAUAACCCGAUCAGUUAUGGCCAAACCAAUACUGGUCAACAUGGUGGCUACCUCGACUCAGCUCUCAACUUUGGCCCACAAAGUGACAGCUUCCAAAGCUCUCCAGAAUCCUAUCGUCAUCGUGUCAGCCUUCCCAACUCCCUCUUCUCAACGACCAGUCAAAGCGUAUUUGAUGACGUUGAUGUAUUUUCCAUGUCAAACCCUAUCGACUGGAUUCAGAAUCUCCAUUCAGUUGAUGGUAAUGUCAAGAAAAGUUUAGAAUUCGCGGCCAAUGGCCGAAAUAGAUUUGAUAAUCAAGAAAAAGACGAAUUCAACGAGUUUUUCAGAUUUAUUGGGCGGUAAGUAACAUACAUAUUACGAAAAAUAAGAGCGGCUACACCUUACACUUUCUUCGAUUCAAAUCUUUCGUUGCGGGACCUAAGUUGAGCAGCUGGGGCCUUAGUUUGAGCCCCAGCCCUCGGGUGUGCCGGACCUUUUUAAAUUUGGUUCGUCCCAGUACAGGACCUAGCUUAGUAAAAGCUAGACCUGGAUUUCAAGCCGGGCCCUUUUUUUUGUCCGAGCCGAUUAAAUUUUGCUCAAGCCCGGCCCGGAAUCCAGAUCUAGUGGGCUCCCUUUCAAACCUAAUAUAAACAAAAUUAUACUGAUUAUAUCACUUACAGCUACCACAAAGUCUACCCCACCCAAGUCGACUUCAAAAGGCGUUUCAAAAACUUUCAAAAAACCUAUAACCACUUGCGCCAAAACCACGAUGAAGUACCUCAUUCUGGCUUCGGUUUAUCACCUUUGGCUGAUAUCAGUGAUGACGAGUUUCUGCGUCAUUUUACUGGACUAAAACGCCACUCCACGCCUGGGAAUGUAUCGAUUGCUGAUGAAAGUGAACUAAUGGGUAUUGCUGACUUAUACGAGGAAUACAAAGCUAAUGAUGGGGAUGGUAUUGAUGAGGAUUCUGAAGUUGUAAGACGUGUCAAAAGAAGUAGGGUUGGUCAAGGUGAUAAACCAAGAAAUGGCAAUAAAAAUAAGGUCAAUAAUGGGAGAGGAAAGUGAGUUGCGUUACAGUAUCUGGUUACAGUAUCUCAAAGCUAUAAUUUUAUAAUUCUUUAAACAAUAGUCCAAGCUUACCUACCUAAAAGUGCCCUUCCAGGAUAAACCAACAGCCCCAAAAGAACCCAAAUCACCUAAAACAACAUAAGCAUAACCACCACAAGCACAAGGUACAAGAGGUACAAAACUCAACAGCUAUGCCCCAUUUUCAAAAGCGAAAGCACAAACAGAAGAAGAGGAAGCCCAACUACUUGAAGCUUAAAAACAGUGACGACAAACCAAAAAAACCAAAAGAUUUUAAAAAUCGGCCAUACACACCCCCUAAGAUCCCACAAUCAUGGGACUUGAGGGAGGUUGGGGCUGUAGCCAGCGUUAUUCAUCAACAGUCAUGUGGAGCGUGUUAUGCUUUUGCUAUUACUGCACAAGUUGAAGGUAAGUCUUGGCCUGAAAACCUUGACGGCUUACCUUACCUUACUUUACCUUACAUUACCUUACCUUAAUUCGCCUUACUUUAUCAUAACUUACCCUACCUUACCUUGGAUUGCCUUACCGUACUGUACCGUACCUUGCCUUACCUUACAUCACCUUACCUUACCUUACCUUACUAUACUACUAUAUGAUUUUUUCAGGAGCCCUAGCAAUUAAAAACGGCGAACUAACCCCAUUAAGUCAACAAGAUCUGAUAAGUUGCUCCAACACACUCGAGGACAACGAUAAAUGUGAUGGUGGGUACCUCGACUCAACUCUUCAUUAUGUAAAGAAGAACGGUCAAGCUAGUGCGGCUGACGUUCCUUAUGUGUCAGCUGAUGGUCAUGUGCCCCAAUGCUCAAAAGUUAAACGAAAAGCCAAAAUAUCAAACUACAAAAUGGUUUUAAGGAAUCGAGAAGACUUGAUGAAACGGUUUUUGUACUUCAAAGGACCUCUAUCAGUCAGUAAGUUACAUUUAAUAUAACACUGCAUUUGUCUGCGAACGUAGGAUUGCGGAGUACGAGUGAAUAUUAUUACCUUGACUAAUAAAAAACAUUUUAUAGCAGUAGAUGCACGCCAACUCAAGUACUAUACCAAUGGCGUGUUACAACCAAGAAAACCCAAAGGUGGCUGGGUUAUUAAUCAUGCGGUAACAAUUAUUGGAUAUGGUGCUGAAAACAGUACCAAAUACUGGAUUGUCAAAAACUCGUGGGGUCCAACGUGGGGAGAAGACGGCUACUUUCGUGUAAUACGAGGAAAUGACGCCAUAGCGAUUUCACAAGAAUGCUACGUUGCUUACACGUAG